AUGAUCUCCACUGUGGCGUUCAGCAGAGAGACGAUACUAAGCGUUAAGUGCAGCAGGAGUUCGGUGAAGAACGAGCCACGCAGGAACUCAAUCCCUCCAACACAAACUCUGACUGCUAAACAUCUGCUGGCGUAUCUGCCCAGACCUCAACCAGAGUGCAUCCGCUACAAUCCUUACUCUUACAAGGCUGCAGCUAAAUCCACUGUUGCCUCCAUGAUGACCAACAAAAGAGCGUCUCUCACCCACAACCUGAACUUUACCAACAGCUCAUCACUCCCACCAUCCCAAGAGGAAGCGUCUCCCUCUCAGACCCAAAGUCCCUGCAGCCAGACCCCUCAGGCUCUGACUUUAGUUAGGCAAGACCCUCCUCACCAGGUCACCAUCCAAGCAGCUCCUCUGGAAACAGUCGACGAAGCCCCGAAGCCUCCGCGUUUGCACCGCAGCAUAAACCUCAAGCGUUUCAGCUCCAAGUGGCAAUCCAUUGGCUCCGUCGGCAACAGCAUUCCCACGGCAGAGAAACUACGCCUCGCAAAGACUUACAAGAAGCGCUGUAAGCUGCUGGGCGACGAGCACUCAUUACACAUCACCGCCGGCAACCAGAGGCAGCGUUACGUCACCAAGGAUGGCAAGUGUAGGGUAAAUCUGGGACCAAUUUCAGAGAAGAGUCGCUUCCUCUCCGAUAUCUUCACCACGCUGGUCGACCUCAAGUUUUGCUGGUUCCUUCUCGUCUUCACCACGUGCUACAUUCUAACGUGGGUGGCCUUCGGAGGGAUCUACUUCUUAGGUGCUUGGUUGCGUGACGACAUCGCCCACGUCCAUGACCAACAAUGGCAGCCAUGCUUUGAAAACGUCGACGGUUUCCUAUCGGCCCUGCUGCUGUCUUUAGAGAGUCAGAGGACUAUUGGGUACGGCUCCAGGAUGGUGACAGCUAACUGCCCCGAAGGCGUCGUCCUCCUGAUGAUCCAGUCCAUCCUCGGCUCCAUUAUCGACGCUCUGAUGGUCGGCUGCAUGUUCGUCAAAAUCUCCCGUCCACAGCAGAGAGCCCAGACGUUGAUCUUCAGCAAGCACUGCGUCAUAUGCGAGCGUGACGAGAAGCUGUGCAUGCUCUUCCGCAUCGGAGACCUGAGGGCGAGUCACAUGGUCGACGCCAAGAUCAGAGCCAAGCUGAUCAAGUCCAGGCAGACCAAGGAGGGCGAGUUUAUCCCGCUGGAGCAGUCGGAGAUCAAUCUGGGAUACGACACCGGUGGAGACAGGCUCCUUCUGGUGGAACCUCAGACGAUUACCCACGUCAUCAAUGAAAACAGCCCGUUUUGGGAGGUGGGGCCCGAGCGUUUGAAGAGGGAGUCGUUUGAGAUCAUUGUCAUCCUGGAGGGCAUCGUGGAAGCAUCUGGAAUGACCUGCCAAGCGAGGACGUCUUACAUAGAGGACGAGAUCCUGUGGGGUCACCGAUUUGAGUCGUGCAUCUCGUUGGAGAAAGGGGCGUUUCGUGUGGACUACAGUGCAUUCGACAAAACCUUCGAAGUCCAAAUGUCCCAACUGAGUGGAAAACAGAGAAGCACGGCAACGGAAAAAGAAAUUACAUGUUAG